AAUCUACUAUAUAUCAUCCAUUUUUUUUUUUUUUGGUCUUUAUUAUUACAUCACAACUAUACAAUGAUAGAACCAGCCUCAGCAUGGGAAGUGACGGUAUCAAGUGAUGGAGAACGUAUUCUUUGCAAGGCACAUAAUAAGGAACAGUGUGAACACUGCCAAGUGGACUGGACACAACACAAUCAGUUAGCGACGACGUUAAAACAAGUCAAAGAACUUCCUUCACCCAAUACACCCAAUCCUGUCCGUAAUGCACAAGUGAAUCGACUCAAGGAAGAAGGCAACAAGUAUUUCAAGCAAGCUAACUAUACAGAAGCGAUUCGUUUCUAUGGGAUGGCGGUGGAUCUUUCUUGGUCUCGCCCUCUAUGGGAACCCUUGGCCUUCCAGUACGUACGUGAAGAACUAUCUCCCAUCUUAUCCAAUCGAUCCGCUGCACACCUUGCCCUCAAGAAUAAUGUCGAUGCCUUGGUGGAUGCUGAGAUGGUCACUCGUCUCAAACGUGAAUGGAGCAAAGGUUGGUUCCGCAAAGGUAAAGCACUCUUGGCCAUGACAAGGUUUGAAGAUGCUUCUGAGGCCUUCCAAACUGGUUUACGCUUUGAUCAUGAAAGUGAAGAAUUACAAAAGGCUCUGGCUGAAGUCGAUCAAUUACAGAAAUCAAAUCAACAAUAAUAAUAUAUAUAUAUGGUUUUGAAAAUGGGAGGGGUUUUGUUUUUUCUUUAAGUCAAUGCAUGGAUGUUAAUUGUUGAAUUUUAUAUAUCAAUAAAACAGAUUAUUUAACCAUCAGUAUA